CUUAUUAAAUCAUUUCUUCGAUGACCGAUGAACCAACAAAGAUGGCGGGCGCGGUAAUGCGCGCAGCGAUCGUCGAUCGUGUAACAUCGCCGAGGCCGAGGCCGAGGCAGGCGCGUUGACGUACGUCGUGACGAGCCCCCCGUGUAGAGCGCCCGGACGGACAGUAAGCUGUCGCGACGUGCGUACGUACGCGAGUGUAUGUAGGGUAUCGUGAUUUUGUUGCGUGAGCGCGCGCGCGCGCGCGCUCUUGUGUAUAUAUAUAUAUAUAUAUAUGUGUGUGUGUGUAUGUGCGCGCGAUCGCUUGCGUGAACUGCGAGUUCUGACACGAGUGUGCGACAACGAAAUAUGUCAGAGGCAGCUCCGGAAGCAUGAGCGAGGAAGCGGACUCGGUUACGCGAACCUGCGGGAAUUCGCUCGCGGCCUCCUUGGCGAGUGAGAGCGAUGCAACGAUCGGGACGGCGACGCCCCCGCCGUCACCGCUGUCGCCGCCGCCAGCAUCGCCGUCGACAACGACGAGGUACACUGGUAGGAGGCCGCGUUUCGGCACCGGUGGCCCACCGCCGUCGCCGUACGUGUGGGUUGACGGCCGUCAGCUGCGGAGCUCCCUGGCUUGGACCAACAAAUGGCCAACGCGAUCGCCCGGUGCUCUCCCGUUACGAGUCAACUUCCCUGCGAACGACAAUCAUCUGGUGACGGGCUACUUGGAGCCCGCCAAUCCAUGGCGGCACGCUGAAAAUGUGAAUCGCGAGGACUUAAUCUUCAAAUACAAGGAGUCUUGCACACGUCACAACACCGAACCCUUGCUAAACGUUUUAGUUCAGAUAGAGAAUCUGGAUAUAUCUCAAGAUCGGUGCGAGCAGCUGAAUUUGAAAGGGGAAAUCUUAGAUCAGGAUCAUUCUGAGCCAUUGGAGGAGAUAUUGAAGAGAGUACAAUUUAAUAAAAUUAAUCUAGAAGGAACAUCUUUGAACGAUGAGAGUUCCGUGAUAUUAUUUGAUAUGCUGGAAUAUUACGAGUCCGCAAAAUACUUAAAUAUCUCGUUUAAUCCGGAUAUUGGAGCGCGCGGCUGGCAAGCGUGCUCCCAUAUGAUUAAGAAGACUCAGUGUUUAGAGCAGCUCGAAGCAAGGGACAUAAUGUUUAACGAACAAAAUAUGAAUAUUUUGAGCCGUGCAUUACGAUUAGCUUGCCACCUACAUGUUCUCAAGUUGGAAAACUGUGGAUUAUCGGGCAGAGCAAUCGUCAUACUUGUUACAGCCCUAAAAAUGAAUAGUGGUAUACGGGAAUUAUAUUUAGCCGAUAACGGGCUUGAUCUAUAUGAUGCUAUACAACUUGGAUCUCUCUUAAGGAUGAACAAUCAUUUGCAAUUGCUUGAUAUUAGUAAUAAUAACGUCCAGGACGACGGGGUACGGGACAUUUUGGAGGGCCUAAUCAAUCAAGUGAACGAGGAUAAGACUGGCAAGGGACUCAGUAUCCUGAUAUUGUGGAACAAUCGUCUAACCAAGAACUCGGCACCCUACAUCUCGAGGAUUAUAGCAUUAUCGAAAACAUUGGAGACUCUGAAUAUCGGUCAGAAUAUGCUGACGGACGAGACACUAAGAGUCGUUAACGAAUCACUGAAGCAGAAUCGUGUUCUCCUGCAAUUGGGAAUGCAAUCGACAGAGCUCACGUGCGAGGGAAUAAUCACGCUGGCCGAGAUCAUGGAAACGAAUCAAGUUUUACAGAGAAUAGAUUUGCGAGACAACAGCAUACAGAUGCGCGGGAUGCGUGCUCUCGCGAACGUAAUGAAGGUGAACAAGACCGUAACGCAGAUCGACUUGGACGACAAACCUCGGAUAAGAAUAGAUGGUCUCGUGCAUGAGUAUAUGGAAUUGGUUGCGGAGAUUCGCGGUCGCUGCAGCCAAAACGAGGAGGAGCGUCGUUUGCUGGAAGAGUCCACCGAAGACACCGAGAGCCCGCAGCACCCGAACCGGCUACUGAACGCGAGCUCCCGUAAGAUCUCGCUCACCUGUCAGACACUGCCAAACCCGUCGUCCGGUCGAUCGGCGACAUCGUUGACCGCCAACGAGCCGGCGACGCGCGCCACGCUGGAGCCGGCAAAACGCACCAGCGGUGGCCGUCUGCGAUCCCCGGCUCCCAGUCCGAUUCCCUCACCUGUAGCUAGUCCGGUUCCCAGCCCGUCCCGGAAUCGUUUCGUCGUGUGUCGGGUGCCGGAGGCGUCGCUACGUUCCACCGACUCCUCGGCAUCCACCUCGCCCGUCACCCCGCCAUCCCUCGGCUCCUCCCCAAAUUUUUUUUCCGGUGCGUCGAGCGGCAGCUCGUCGCGGUUUCGUGUGUCGGUCGUCGAGUCGGCGAGCGCCGGUCGCUCGUCGCCCAAAUCGGUUGUCUCCUCCACUAGUGGCAGCUCGAUCACGAUCGGCUUCAACGUUAGAAUCGACGCGGCCGAUUCGGAUGAUUCCGACAGCGUUAUCAACAAGACGGACGCCAGCGGUAAUACAGCCGCGUCUGCGUCCGAUAUGCUUCACGUAGUCCCAUUAGCGAAAGAAACGUCUUCCUCGAGCGAAAACAUCGCCAAGAAUGAGGAUCGUUGCGACGGAGAGACGAAGAUUCCAUCGAGUCAACAGCAAGUUAAAGCGGAUGAGAUCGUUACCGCGACCUCUAAAGAAUGUGAAAAGAUGACGGAGAUUAAAGAAGAAGAACGGUUAGAUCAGAAUUAUGUAACCGGGACGUGGCAAUUUGAAAAAAACGAGAUGGACUAUUGCGACAAAAACGGAAGCAAUCCAAACAAUGUUACGAAGAUGAAUUUCGAGAGCACCGCGACAGCCGUCAGGGAUACUGAGACGAUCGCAGAUCGUCGUAUCAUGUAUACGAGUACAAAGGAACUCCAAGUACCUGCAUAUCCAAACGAAGAUACAAUUUCGAUUAGUAUAGUCGAGGAUGAAGCCUCGAACGCGAUAAAAUUGUCCUCGGAUAACACUUCGGAAUCGAGCCGAGCCACUUCGGAAGAGUUAUCCACCUGCAUGUCGAGAUCUUCCGCGAGUACCACUUGUACGGGAAUGUUCUCGUCUCGCACGAUGGAAUCGCAUUCACGACCAAGCACAUCAGUGCAGAAACACAAAUCCAGCCUUGAGAAGCUUCUUUCCUUGUUCCAGCAUCCCGGCCAGUUCUUCACGGAAUCCUCGAGCGUCGCCGUGGACACGAAAAGCUCUCUGCAGGAGAAUGUUAGCGGUGUGAUGGCAUUGGGCGACAGGCUGCAGCAGUACCUGAAGGAAAGCCGAACCAAGAUCGAUGGCUCGUGUUCUUCGGAACACGGAUCUCCGUUGAAGAACAAAUCGGGACUAAAUAUAUCGCAGCUACAGAAUCUGACCGGCAUAUUCGCAUCUUUCAAGCUCGAGCCACAAGCGAAUCUCGUCGAGCACGAUACCAAGAUUUUCGAUCAAGUGAAAAAUCAGGAUGCGAAUAUCAGGGAGAGGGAUUUAGAAGAAUCGACAGAAAUUGAAGUUGCGAGCGUCGACAACGAGAGAAAUUUGCUCGAUCGAGAGAACAAUCAACUUACGAGAGACGAUGGCAAUAAUCUAAUGGAGCAAGAUCAAGUGAUUAAGAGUGGCGAGAAUAAUUUAUUUGAUCAAAAACAGAAUCAGAGCACAAAUGACGAUGAGAAAGAUUUAAUUGGUAAAGAGAAGAAUCAGAUUAUUGGAAGAGACGAAAAUUUAUUUGGUCAAGAGAAAAGUCAGGUUUCUAAGAACAACGAGCAAAAGUUAUUCGAUCAGAUUAGCAGGGACAAUAAGAAGGAUUUUAUCAGUCAGGAAGAGAGUCAAGUUUCGAAUAAUGAUGAGAAUAAAUUAUUCGAUCGGAUAAAAAAUCGAACUAUAGAAAUCGAUGAAAGAAAUUUAGAGGAUCAGGAGAAGGGACAGGAUAUGGUCAGGAAGGCUGGUGAAAAAUUUGAAGAAAGCGAGGAUAUACAGAGGAGAGAUGAGGUUGCGAACAACGAUUCGGAAGAUGAGAGGCUGCGAGAUGACAUUACGAGAAACGACGGAAAAAAUGUCGCGAGUGUGCGAGAUAGCACACGCAAUGUUAACGAAGAGGAGGAUAACACGGAUGACUUACGGUGGACAGAGUCUGAUAGAAUUAGUGAUCGACUGUUACCUGAAAGUGUGCAAUCAAAGGACGAUUUCGCUAAUAAUUUAGUAUUAGGCGACGGUCACGUCGCAACAAAUGCAGCAGCGGUAUUGUCGUCGUCGCCAGCGAGCGAGACUACCGCGUGUAUAAAUGUAAGAUUAACGGACAUAGCCGAAUAUUCUGCUCUAGGAUUAGGUAAAAUUGCCGACGUAUGUAUAGAGUGUAACGAUGCGAAACGUUUCGAAGAUUUUAUCGGCGAGGAAGAGUGUGACGAUGUGCCGCAGGAUUCGAAACAUACGGAGCGCGAUGAUGAUGCCGAGUGCUUAAGACGCGAUGAUUCGAAGAUUUUAGGGAGUAAUGACGCAAAGUGUUUACAACAUGACGCGGUUGAAGAAACGAAUGCCGCGAUGAUAAGGACAUGUGAUAUAACCACGGACAGUAUUAAUCAGACUAGUGAUAGUAGGUUUUUUCCGAUUUCUAACAUAGCAUAUGAUAAUAAGAAAGCCGUAGAUAGCGUAAGUAUCGCGUCGAUCACGACGGACGAUGAUGUCGACAUGAUCAGAUCUGUAUUGGAGAACAGUGGGCUAUCAUCGAUGUCGUCGAAGGACGCGAACGUUUACUUAAACGAGGAAGUUACCAGUAACAUGCACCGAGAUCACCGGUGUGAUUUUAUGAGGAGAAGGGAGGAGGAGGGGGAUGAUCUCCACGAUGAUGCUUACCGCGAUUCUGUUGACCGUGCAACAAGUACAAGUAUAAAUAUUAAGAUAGAUUCGCACGGAGAAUUGGAGACGACAAGUCCAGACGGCAGCCAGGAGGCGUUAGGGCGACGGUUGUUCAUGCUAAAUAACAUCGAUAAGCAUCGAAUUAUCCUACAGGAUGCUGCCGAGACCGCGAGUCAUCCGGAGGAUGAGGAAAGCAAGCGGACGGUCGAUCCGACCAUUCUCAUUACCCCAUCGCCGCACGAGAUGUCCGUGACAAGUCUGGACAAGCCCGACGCGGAGGAGUUUAUCUUUUGUAUGACCGACGUCUCCACAGACGGCACGUCCAUAGAGGACGAGCUGUCACCUCAGGGCAUCGUGUCCAGAAACUCACCGAAUAAACCGGCAGAGUCGUACUUUGAGCUUCCCGCUUCGAAGACUACCGUGCCGACAAGCAGCACGCUUCUGAUCGAGAAUCCCGGGAGCGUGCACAGGAACAGUCAGGAUUCCGGGAUCGAAGAGACCGCAUUGGCAAUCGACGAUAACGUCAUCGAAAUGACAGAGGUACCGCUGAUACCGCCACCGCCGCCGCCGCCGCCGCCACCGCCGCGCAGCAGCCUCCAGGAGAGCGUGGACUCGGGGAUCGAGUCGGAGUGUUCGUCAAUAUGCAUCAGGAUGGAAUCCGCUACCGCCGGAAUCGGCACGCUGGAGAUCGUCACGACGUCGAAGAUGCCGACGCGUGACGAUAACGACGAUGAAGAGGAAUUCGGCGAGUUUGCGUCGGAUUUCCUCGCGAGGGAGACGCGACUGGUCGAUAGCGAUAGUACGAGUGGCGACGGCGACGGCAACGGCCUCUCGUACCUCAGCGGCGUCAAGUGCACGGUCGUCAACUCGGUGCAACCCGUCGCCGACGAAGGCGUCACUCGACCGGCGGCGCCGAUGAUCGCGCACUCCCCCGCGGCCGUACAUGGUACCAGUCCGAAAUAAUGCAAUGAAGGGGAAUGGAACUGAGGCGAAGGAAAAUAAUAGCGGCGAAGUGAACGAGACAGAUCCAAUGGAGUACGAUGACGACAAGGAUGAUGAAAUCGAUGAACUCGAACAAAUGAUGAAGCAG